GGGGGGGGGCCACACUUGUUGCUGGCACAGCCUUGUUUGUUAUGAUGACAGUGAGAUUGGAGCACCGACAGAGUUACGGAGUACUUCUGUUCAACGUCUGCUACCGGCAUCUCCUACUGAUGAGAUAACAAGUCUCGGUAGGGAGUUGAUAACUAGGCAUACAUCAGUUUGUCCAUCGUGAGCCUCGAGGGCACCCCUUCGCUCUCUCCUUUCGUUUAUACAAACUCUCGGGAUCGCCCUGAACGAGAUGCUCGGACUCGGUCUGUUAUCGCUACUGCUAUCGGUCGUCACCGCGACAGUGGUUUUACCGCGAACAACAGCCUGCAACAAUUCCCCAGAUCUCUGUUCUAAGUCAUAUGGCGAGAUCACACAUCUAGGCGCCCACGACAGUCCCUUUGUGCGUGAUGCCUCGGACGACUACACAGUGGCUGCAAACCAAUACUACAAUACAACUAUCCAGCUGGAUGCGGGCGUGCGGUUAGUGACGGCUCAAGUACACAAGGACGGCUCGGAAUGGCGUCUCUGCCACACCAGCUGUGACAUCCUGGAUGUCGGGAAGCUAAGCACAUGGCUAUCGGAGAUCAAGAGCUGGUUGGACUCGAACCUCAACGAAGUGGUGACGGUGUUGAUCGUCAACUCGGACGACGCAACGGCAUCGGAGCUGAACUCGGAGUUCGAGACUGCCAACAUCGUCAACUACACAUACACCCCCUCGUCAAGCUCGGCGCCGGAUACAUGGCCAACUCUGGAGGAACUGAUUAGCAAUGGAACCCGACUGAUGACCUUUGUUGCGUCAUUGGAUUCGUCCAACAACACGGCGGCCCCGUAUCUUAUGGAUGAAUUCACAUACAUCUGGGAGAACAACUACGACGUGACCACGCCGUCAAACUUCUCCUGCGAACCCAACCGGCCCAGCAGCCUGAACGACAAACUGUCGACCGCGCUAGCUUCGAAUCGCCUCCCCUUUAUGAACCACUUUCUGUACGCGACAACGCUGCUGGAUCUCAUCGAAUAUCCCAACUCGAGCUACGCACCGACAACCAACGCCCCCUCAGGCGGGACGGGCAACCUGGGCGACACAGCCACCAAGUGCAAGGAAGACUGGUCCGGCCGGCAGCCGAGCUUCAUCCUCGUUGACUUCUUCGACCAGGGUCCCGCGAUCGACACCGUCGACAAGCUAAACAACGUCACCUCCCCCGUGGGCCGGCUGAACAUCUCCAACCUCGCGACGACAGAGCAAAUCGACGGCGACGGCACGUACGCCAACGUCUACAAGGGCCUAGUGAACCUCGUCAGUUCUGUAGAGUCGGGCUCCGAUCCCAGCGUGGGGGAGUGGAUCUGGGCCGGGGGUGAUUGGGGGAGUAUCCUAGGUGGGGGGAUCAGUCUAUGACUUAUGAAUACUCCGUAUAUGACGGUUAAGCAAUCUCCUUUUCCCUCUUUUUUCCCCCCCCAAAUAUUUAUUAUUUGCUUUAUCCAAGGGCAUGGAAGAGCGAACGGCGUUAUUUGGAUGUGUACUACAUAACUUCUCUAUUAUAUACCG